AUGGCGACAACCUACACCACCGUCCUCGGGACCUCCAACCUGCGUGGUAACUCGCGCACGACCCGCACCAAUCCCACUCGAACGUCCAAGACGCAGGGCUCGACCUUGCGCCAGAACUCACUCAUCUCGAAUCCACCCCCCUCGGUUCAGGGUGGUAGCGAACCCCACGGCUUCUACCCGGCGAUCCAGCACUUCUCAGAUGCGAUCACGGCCCUACCACGCGACUACAGAAGACACACGUCACUUUUGAAAGAGGUGGACGCCAAAGCAUGGCAGCCAGAAGAGAAUUUGCAAAAACUCCUCGAGCACAGCAAGGCGGACAAGCCUACUGCGCCGCUGCCCAUAAUGCCACCCAGCACGGCCGCCUCGACCACCAACCUGACCGACGAACCACAUAUAAGCGCUGCUAACAGUGUCACUGGUGUGCCGGCCGAUGCCGUUUCACAAUUGUCGAAGCAGUCCUCUAGCUCUACGACUCCCAACCGGCGACAGGUGUUUGCAGCGCUUCGUCAUAAUCUGGUACAACUCAUGGUCACGAUGGACGAGAAGAACCAUGUCAUUAAUAACGCGAACGAAGAGCUGUCGCGACAGGUUCGCCGCUUGAAUACCGUUUGGCCUCAUAUCGCGGACGAAAUUUCGGAGGAAGCCAGACUCGGUAGCCUCAAGCACUGGGCUUACACCGACAUCAACCCUACCAAAAAGACCACGGCUCCCACAACGAGACGAGAGGCGGCCGCGAGUCUGGCUCUGAUCCACGACAAUGAGGUCGCACAGAGGAGCGAGAGCCGUAGAGAGGCUGUCGCGGCCAAGGCGAAGCAGCGACUGCACCGCAACGAGGCUGUGGAAGGUUCCGAAGAUGUGAGAGCUACAAAGAAAAAGGCGAUCAAGGAGACCCAGCGCAGGGAUCUGGAUAGUGCCAGUGAGGUGGCCGGGCUCGGCAUCACUGCCAAGGGCAAGAAGGCAGCGAAAGCAGUUGGUGGCGGAGCUAUGGAGAAGAGCAUGAGCGCUGCGCUGGGCGGACGAGCAAUGUCUCGCGAGCCGAGCCAGCAAGAUAACACCAAGAAGCGAAAGGCGCCUGCGGGUGGCGCGACAGUUGCGAGGAAAAGAGUAAAUGCUGCACAAGACUCGCCGAAGCUUGCCUCGUCCCCUCUUGCGGGCACUUUUGGCAAGGACGCCUACAAGCGCAGCCCCGCCCUUGGCACCGUUCGUCCUGUAUCGGCACGUGCCAGACAGAACUCGUCACAAGCUGAGACCUCUCGAGCCAAGCCGCCCUCGUCCUCGUCCUCACAGCGGGCUCCCAGCGGCCUCGCGUCUUCGAGCGCGCCCGAUGUCAAGAGCACGGCCGCGGCGCCGGGCAAGAGCAACAGUGAAGCGAAAAAUAACGCAAAGGAGAGCACGAAUGCCAGGCGGGACCGCAUACUUGAAGACGAAACCGCAUCCAACGGUGAUGCGUCGGCGCUGUUGGAGCGGCGUGCCAGCAAAACCAAGCCGGAUCUCGACAAGCUUUCCACCCGUGCGAACUCGCCUCGCCCGAGUGUGAUGGCACUGAAUAUGGACCGCGUUGGGCGUGGCAGGGCAUCCAAGACGUCGACACCAGUGGUGGGCAGCUUCGGCGACGCCGACUCAUCCAGCGCCAACGGGAACGGAGCAAGCCACCACAACAGCAAAAACAAGCGGCUGGUACGGCCGCGGGCUCAGUACGACGGACUGCACGACUCGUUGUCCCCGAAAGGUCUGCCAGCCAAACGAAUGCACAAGAAGAGCGGCAGCAUCGCGGCACCGCAGAGCAGCCAGCAGAUGGCGGCGCGGAUGAAGGAGGAGGCGGAGAAUCAGAUGAUGAUGAUGAGCACGACGACGUCGGCGACGCCGGAUGAGAUGGAGGUCGGGGGUGGGGAGGAGGAAGGCGAAGAAGGCGAGGAGGAGGGCGCGGAUGAGGAGCGCUACUGCUACUGUCAGACGGGCAGCUACGGCGAGAUGGUGGCGUGCGACAAUGAGCAGUGUCCCAGAGAGUGGUUUCACCUCGAGUGUAUCGGCUUGAAGAGCGUGCCUAAGAGCGCCAAGUGGUAUUGCGAUGAGUGUAAGGCGCUUGGGCUGGGAGGGAGUAAUGGCGGCGGCGGUGGCGCCAAGAGUGGGCGGGUGAAUGGGAAUGGAGGCGGGCGGUGA